AUGUUUGAAGCUCGACUUCCCCAGGGCCGUAUCGUCAAGCUUAUUGUCGAGGCCAUGAAAGACCUUAUCUCGGAGGGCAACAUUGAUUGCACCAAGUCAGGGCUAGCUCUGCAGUCCAUGGACGGCUCACACGUGUCUCUUGUGUCGCUGUUGCUACGUGCCGAGGGCUUUGAACAUUAUCGCUGUGAUCGUAAUAUCUCAUUGGGUGUCCAGACUGCGUCACUGUCCAAGAUUUUGAAAUGUUCAGGCAAUGAUGACGCGCUGUCACUCUUUGCCGAAGAUAACGGUGAUGCACUCAAUAUCAUGUUUGAGGCUACGUCGGGUGACCGUGUCUCCGAUUUUUCGCUUAAGUUAAUGGACAUUGACAGUGAACAUUUGGGAAUUCCAAGUACGGAAUAUGUGGCAACGGUUCGGAUGCCAUCGAGUGAAUUCCAACGCAUUUGUCGGGACUUGCAGACCAUGGGAGAUACGUGUACAAUUGCUGUGGGGAAAGAGGGGGUCAAGUUUUCAGUAUCGGGUGAUUUGGGGGCGGGAAACAUUACGCUCAAGAACAAUACAGCGGCGGAGAAAGAGUGUGACCGGGUCAUCAUUACGAUGGAAGAACCUGUAGAGCUUACAUUUGCACUCCGGUAUUUAAAUAUGUUUGCCAAGGCCACUCCAUUGUCUGAGACUGUGACGCUCAGUAUGUCACCUGGUAUCCCAGUUGUCGUCGAGUACGCAAUUGGUGACAUGGGUUACAUGCGUUUCUACCUCGCACCUAAGGUCGAGGAGGACGACUAG